GCUGACCUGGCCAUUUGCGGCCCUAUAUUAUGGGACUACUAUGGACGGGCACGUCCUCUUGAUGGACCCGGUGCCCUAAGUAGAGAAAAUCAAAUCUGUUCCUGCCCGUGUUUAUACUAUGCACCGCAGGUCCCUGUUCUCUAGUGUUCUUCCUCCCCCACCCCAAAUCCUGACCUUCCAGCGAAAAGGCCUCCUGUGAGCCCAUUUUGCCUUCCCCUGCUUUGAUCAUGUCAACCCAAGGGUAUACCGAUUGUGUCCCUGGAACAUUCUAUGGUCUCGCGAACACAGAGGUCAAUCCUGGCGACACCCUUCAGCUCCGAUGGGGUGCGAUCGACAAUGGAGACACUCCACUCAACAUCUCCCUGGGCCGCGCGGGAGGUACUCUUAUUGACGAGAUCACUGUGGGUGCGCAGUUCACAACAAGAAGCUCUCUCUAUCAACUCGUCAUCAAUGAUACCGCCAACUGCACAAUGGAACAAUACACCUGGGCUAUCCCCAGCGAUUUCAACACAACCAACCCCCAAUAUCAGAUCGGUUUGUUCAACGCCACCGCCAAAUUAGGCACCUACGGGGUCGACCUAUACGGCUGGAUCAGCUGGAGUGAUUACUUCUAUGUUCGCGAAAAGGGUGCUGCGACGACGACCACCACCACCACCUCAUCAACCACUGCGACUUCGACUGGGUCGACACAAACCACCUCGACCGCUUCCUCCCACGGUGGCGGUUCCAACUCAAAUAGUGUCGGCAUCGGAGUGGGUGUUGGCGUAGGUGUCGGUGCCGCCGCCGUGAUCGGGGUGCUUGGCUUCUUCUUCCUCCGCCGGCGACGGAAGACAAGGCAGAAGGCCCCGACUCCUACGCAGGAGACGAGCGAGGUAGCCGGAUCGCCACUGUACGAGCUGCCUGCCCCGGCGAACAAGCAGACCGUUCAAGAGGGGAGCCAGAUGUACGAGCUACAAGGAUGAUGAGCCUUUCUUUUGUUCUCCAUCAUGGAGCACAUAGGGGCCCUUGGACUAGUUCUCCAGUCGAGAUUCCUUCGUGAUCGGUAUGAUUGAUGGACAGGAGGCCGUAGUCCGUCUUUCAGGGCUUGAUGAAAAUGGA